AUGAACUGCCCCUCGCGCGAACCCGUCAUCGAACGCUGUUGCUCGUGGUUUUUUGCAACUCUCAUUGUCCUUUCCACAUACACUACCCUCCUGUCAGGCCUGUUUCUUAUCAUCGCCUGCCUCAAACCGUAUUAUGGCAACCUCAUCGGCGACACCGGUGGCCUGGCGCCCUCCUCAGCUACCCUCCUCAGCGCCUUCUUCGCCAAAACCAUCGAAUUGUCCUAUGUGACGGUCAGUGUAGCAUUUGUGGGCCAGCUGCUCAGCCGCAGAGCCCUGCGUCGAGGGUCGCGAGGCAUCAGCAUCUCGGACAUGAGUCUGCGGAUGUGGAUCACGCAGCCGGGGUCCUUGUUCAUGCAGUGGGAGACUUUGCGCUACUCUGGAGGUACUCUCCUGGGCAUUAUUGCACUAAUUGCGACUCUUGUUUCGAUGCUUUACACCACUGCUGCGGAAGCUCUUGUGUCCCCCAAGUCAGCGAUGGGCCCCGUCUACGAACGAAUACUCUAUGGCAACGUGUCUACCUCCUUCGCGAAUCCCACCUACCUCGAAGCCCAGUGCGACACUCCUAUCACCGCUACGAUCGACCCCUCCGCCGGCCGGAACGAGACCUGCGUUUCUAUGGAGAUUGUCGGUCGGGCCUACCACGACUUCGAGCAAUACAUGCAGCAAUGGAGUGGGCUAGCGCAGGCGAACAAUGCAACCUCAACGUCACUGAGAACGCGUAUCAAGCCUCAUGGGUCAUUGUACGAUAAUACUACCGUCACUGGAAGUUGGAUCGAGGUCACGGACAUGAAGGAAACCUCCCAGAAAUACAAACGAAUGGUGAACAAUGUUACCGCCGCGUUUCCCCAUGGAGGACUAUACGAGGCGGCGCGCAAUCCUCGAAAUGGGAUCCGGCAGCCGAAUGGGGCCACUGGAGACGGGAAGUACAUUCUCCAAGCCUCCGUGCCUGCCCCGGCAGUCAAUGUACUCUGUGCAGGCUUGUCGAAGGAAGAGCUGGAGCCCAUCAUCUACACGGAAUGGCCCGAUCACGAGCCCUUCAACUCCACAACGUGGUACACAGAGGCUCCCGCAUAUUAUCAGAGCACAAAUCAAACCGUGGUGGACGAGGUCUUCGGUUUUGCGCCUGGCACCUACCACCCGGCUCCCGUCUUCCCAAUUUAUCCGACCGAGUACAACACGAUUUUCAAUGCCAAGGUAGAGAACUCAUCUGCUCUCUAUCUGCUGGGAACCGCCCCCACCGGUCACGAUCCCGCUUAUGUCCUUUGUGCAUUAAAAGCCAAGCAAUCUGGUUUGUGCUCGGCCCAAUACCAGGUGGACUCAAGCGGGGCCGAGCUGAGCACCCGUUGUGAAGAUCCCACAGACACGCUCCAGUACAGCCGUCGGGUUCCGGGUGUCGUAGAAGACAACUACGACAUCAAUUGGAAGAGCGUUGGCUGGCUGUGGCUGGAUGCCGUCAGUCUAGGAUCCGGAAUCGCAGGAGAAGACGCCAGCAUUGAACGGCUCUUGACCCAGAUGGUUCCUGCCUACGACAACAGCAGCAACACUGCGUCCCUGAAUGCCAACGUACCUUCGGUUGCGGAAGCCAUCGCGGUCCUGACCAGUGUCACUCUUAUGAUUAGUAGUCAGGAUGCCCCUUACGUUCCCUUUUGGAACUACAGCGGCUAUGCGAAUCAGAUCCUCCCUUCUCCGGUGCAACAGAUCUUUAACGCCACUCUUCAGUCAUCGGGCUAUGCUUCUGGCCACGCCGUCAACUGGCAGAAGAGCUUCUACGUCGUCCUUGUCUUGGCCUUCCUCACGAGUGUCCUCUUCAUGGCCUUUUUCAUGGUCGAAGUUCGCGGCCGCCUCCUCAAUGAUUUCACCGAGCCUUCGAGUAUGUUCGCCUUGGCGAUCAAUAGUCCACCGACGGAACGAUUGCAUGGGGCAUGCGGAGGAGGGCCCACAGGUCGCGAACUUCAGGAUCGCUGGCACGUGGGCAUGGUCGAAGAUAGCCACCAUUAUUACAUCCGGCCCAUCGCUGACGGAGAAUUCACGCCUCCCGAUCCUGGGUCUGAUGAUGAGACAGUAAAGGGGGGAGGAACUCACCUUGCCGUCCACGAUUACCGCAGCGUCUCGCGCGGUGCUGCUACCCCAAUGUCGUUUUUGUAUUAA